GCUUUAGAAUUACGAAUUCAAGAAAGAAGACAAGUUGGAUUGGUAACACUUUUGCUAUAUUUUCAAAAUCCACAAAACAUUUAUACAAAGUGUAUUUCAACUAGUUUCGAAACUCGAUAUCAGAAAUAAGUACCACUCUCCUUAAUGACAAGAAACAUCAUCAUUAAAUAUUAACAUUAGCUUCUAUAUACGAACCGCCUAACAACUCUUUGUUUACAAAGUUAAGGCGUUUCUAGGCAACACUUGUCAUGCGCAGAAGACAAAAAAAGUUAGGAUAUUAUUCCUUUUUAAAAUAUCGUAGUUACUUAGUCUGUGGUCGUGAAGUGGGAAUGGAUAGUAAUUGAGCUGUCUUUAUUGUCACUCUGCAUUCAUGUGAGUGGGAGAUUGUCAAGUGUAGUAGGCAUGGCAGGACAGGACAGUCUCAACAUAAGUGAUGUCAAGGCGAUACCUAAACAUUUUAUCCGCAAGCUGAGUGAAAGCUCGUGUACAGUUGCGGGAGACAAGCAAAUAAUCCAGCUUUGUGAGAAAGUUGCAAAACAGGACAUCCAAAUUCAUUUCUAUGAGGAACGAGAUGGGAACAUCUUGUGGAAGAAGAUUUCCGUCUUCUGGGGCGAUUACCCUGAUGACGCAGGCAGUAUGACCUAUGAAACGUUGGUUAACAUCGACCAAACUACACAGCACAACAACCCAGAAGACAAAUCUUCAUACUCACCGCUGUGAAAACCUAAAAUCUUAUAUCUUGUGGAAGGAUUUCGGCAACUUCCAGCGAAAAGAUGUUCACAAACAGAUAUCACGCUUGUUAUUCUGAUUUGACAGACCCUGAGGUAUAACGUCUUCAUAACGUCUAGAUAAUAGAUCUGCAAGUUCAAUUGGAUCCUUCAUUGCAAGUUGUAAGCUAGAAUAAGUCUGAUUGUCAUCAUCAUACAAACCUUCAACAUCCGUGUCAAUGACCAAUGUAGAAUGACUACUGUCCAACUCAGGGGAGAGACUGUCUUGAGCAGUAGUCUCUGUAACCCAUUGGUUUAACAUAGGAGCAUCAGGGGUAUGAAUAUAUCUCAUUCAACUCAGCCAAUUCAGACAGAAAUUCAUUUAAUGAUUAAGAAGUCUCUCCCUGAAAAAUUACAUCAUCAUCACUGGAGGCCAAUAUGUCAUUCUUUCUCUCACCUUCAUUCUGAAUGUUUGCAUUAGUAUCCAUUUCUCCUGAAGCUGCUUUAUUCCUUUUACUUAUGGUUGUAUAAUUAUAGCUGCUUGAUCUUGUAUCUUUCAUAUCCGUUAUAGCUGUCAUCAUUACAUUAUUAUUAGUAGUAGUAUUGCCUUUAA